UUGACAUAGACUAAUUGACGUGUUGUGGCAUUGACAGACAUGUUCAUAUAAAAAUAAUCCCUCAGAAGUAUUCCAUAAUCUUGUCUUUGAUCUUGUCCACACUUAUGUCGGGUCAUGUAAAUAUAAUUUGGGUUUUAAGAAACAGAAUAUUGAAUCAGUUAUCAUGGAGAAGGGCCAAGUUCGUGACAAAAUGAGACUGCUGUUUAAGAAGCUAGCAGAGCCGAACUAUGUGAUGAGUAACUAUUACGCCGACCGUUUCAUAAACAUGCUACGCUAUGACGAACAUAACGAUCCAGAUAUCUCUUAUCUCAGAAUAAUACCGUUCGUACCAGAAGAGCUUUACGAUGCUAUAAUGUGCAUCGACAAGCCAGAGACUGAUAUAAGCGUCAAAGUAUUCAUCAUAAGGCUGCUCGCGCUCAGCUGUAAAAAAGAGGUUAAUUUCACGAUGUUUGUGUGUAGAAAAACGGAUAAUUCAGUACAGAGACUCAAAGAUAUCAACUCUCCGAACAUGCACCUGAGUAUGAAGGUGGCAUAUAUGGAAAUGGCUCUAACCAUUGUAAAGCACAGUUCCGGCAUAUCUUGGCUCCUUGAAACUGGUAUAUGGAAAGAAAUACUCAGUUUAGGUAAUGAGAAAAGAACUGUAUUCUUAGUUCGACAAACUUAUAAAUUUGCCGCAGAAUUUCUUUGGAGACUGAACGAUUUGAGAUAUUUAGAAGCCAUAACAGAAGUUAUUCAUUUUAUAAUUAAGCCUUUAGUGGAAGGACAUUAUAUUCAGAUUGAAUCGCUUACAAGUGACGAGGAAGAAGAGAGAGCCAAAGUUUUAAUACCUAUAACUCACAUGCUAAUAGCUAUCAUAAGCAAAGAUAAUAGAAUUGUCCAGCCGUCUAUUCUGAUGGAGGUUAUGGUCAAAGAAAUCAAAAUUGUAUGGUAUUUAUAUUGUGUGCUAGAUAAAAUUCAUAAUGAGGAACUUUUGUUGCUCGUAUCGAAAUCAGUAUUCUGGUUGAUUUUGUCGAAAUGUUUACUGAUAAAACCAAUGACACCAGAAACGGAGUACGGGCCAGAUGAUUUUCUUGAAUUGGGCGCUACAUACUUCAAUACGAUACACGCGUUCAUUCAACGUCGUUUAGCUACAACCGUGUUGGAUUACUGCACUGAUUGCGCUGUCAUCUGGAGUACAGUGUUCGGGGACAAAGUCAUCGUGGUCACGGACAGUGUGAAGAAGUCUCAUUUGAAAUUGAAUAUGCUGUUUAUGUGCUUGGUACCGUUAGUAGUGUUCAUAAAAACGAGUACGUGCGGGCGUACAGCGACCACGACUGAUUAUAUGUACGAUUAUAUACUCAACUUCAUUAACUCCUCUUGCGAGCACACUGCCAAGGCUGCUUAUGCGUUAAGAAAUUUGAUGCUCGAGUUGGACACGUUGCCGUUGAUAUUGCGUGGUGUCAAGAAGCUUACCUAUUUGAAGCAUCACUUGAGUGAUGAACAAGCUAAUCUAGUCUUCCAAUCUCUAUUCUAUGCUCUGAAAGAAUACGAUCCAGUGGAUGAUUAUGGCGAGAUGAAGCAGGAUGCUUCUGCCGAGGACUCGCAGGACAGAGUGUUCGUGAUGACGUACGUGCUGGACAUCGUACUGUCGCUGGUCAAGAAUCAUAACAUUAACUGGCAUGAGAGCCUGGAAGUGAUAUGUCUGCACUCGGUCGUGUUCAAUAUAUUAAAGAGGACCAACCUGACUUGUCAGUUUAUUGUAACAGCUCUGAACCUGAUAGCGGUGACAGUGAAGAAGUUCCUCCCGCCGAAUCUGUCGCUUCUGUUAGAGACGAAGCCGGGCUCCACGAUGCACGAUCUGGGCAAGCUAAUAUACAUGAAGAUGCACGACAUGCACUGGGAGAUCAGGGACUCGGCGCUUGAGCUGCUACACGUGUGCACUGAGCUCUCCUAUAUUAAGUUCCCGCCAUUCCAAAAGCAGAUAUUGGAGAACAAUUUAAUCAACGUGGCGGCGACGAUAGCGUUCAACGAUUUCGAGCCGUAUGUGCAAGUGUCGGCGCUGAAGUGCCUCGGGGCGGCGAGUAAAGUCAGCGCGCUCUGGGAACAACUCAAAAUGCAGUACCCUAAUGUACAGGACCAAAUAGUGUCAAUAUUGCGGGAAAGUCAAGAGGGUAUAGUCAGGAAAGAGGCCUGUAAUGUACUUUGCGAUCUAUACCAGAACCAUAAGCUGGCGCCGACGUUCAAACAGUCGCUGUACGACCACAUGGUCUCCGCCUCGCUCUGCGACUUCCACUGGGAGGUGCAGCUCAGCGCUCUGACGUUCUGGAAAAUAGUUUACAAGUCACUCCUCACGGAUCAAGGCAUGUUGGACGGCGAGUUCCCGCCGGUCACGUUCUCAAGAGAAUCGCGCAAGAUAGUCAACUUGAACGCGGCCGAAAUACAAAGAAGGCUGGUCAAAAUCCUCAAUGAGUUAUCCACUAUAGGAUGUCUCACCGUCCUGGUCAAGUUGCUGCACGACGACACGGAACUAGAAAUCAUGGAGUACGCGCACUCCAUAUCGAAUGAACUGUACGAUAUGUUACAAAAGCACAAAGUGCCGGAUCUCAUCAAAUACAUUCCAGGAGAUGCCGCUACAGUGGAAGAGCUGAUAUCUCAGAUAAAGGAUGAGUUUGAUUGGCACAACGAGGAGAUGCCCGAAGUUUCCAGUAACGCGGCUUCAGAUAAUGUAAUUGAGAGUAUUUUGAAUGCGGAUGACAUUAACCUACUGGCUAAUAUUUAUGAACAGCACAUGUCGUUACGAUCGGAGCCGCCGCCGAACCCGCCGCGUCCGAGAAUAAAGCUGGUGAGAUUGGCGUCGCCAUACCUUUUUGUGAACUACUUAAAAACCAAUGACUUCCAGGCUAUUAUGGAUCAGAAGAGGAAGUGGAAUGAGGGCAUACGGAGCUUCUCGUCGUUGUUAGACGAUAUUCUUGGUAUGUAUCAAGUGAAGAAUGAGGUCAAUGCGCUAGAUUGUUAUUGAAUGUGGUACAUACUCGUAAUUUGUUACGAUACAAUUCGUAAAUAAAUUCUUUCUUUACAUUGUA